CAGGAGAGAAUAGCGUGGAAGGGGAUAUGGAUUCUUUUUCGUCGCCGCCAAGUGGAGCAUCGUCCCAAUUCUCGACGAAUGACAUAAUGGACCAGGUCAAAACUCAGCUUGAACAGGCAUACGCUGAGCAAUUUCUCGAGACAGUGAGGGACAAAUGCUUUGACAAGUGUAUCACCAAACCAGGGAGCAGUCUAAGUGGAAGUGAAGGUAGUUGCAUCUCAAGGUGUGUUGAUCGUUAUAUUGAGGCCACUGGUAUAAUAAGCAAAGCUCUCUUCAGUCAACGCUGAAACUGUAGUUGCAUAGAUCUCAAAGUUUGCUUGCUUGGAAUGCAUCUCUUUAAUUAUUAUUAACUUUUGAUACCCUUUGUUAUUUUCCAAUGUUUUAAAGAAGGUUUUCUACAAGUAUUUUGUAAACGAUGUUCUUCAUUAAUACUUUUGUCUGUUGUGGAUGGACAGCAAAAUUGUUUAUCUAUAGCGUACUACCAUUAAGGUU